UAACACCUCUUCUCUCUCUACCGGCUUCGAGUCCCUGGAUCGGGCUGCAGAGCCCUAACAUCCAAGCAACAUGGAGCCCCGUUAUGCGCUGCUCUUUCUCUGCCUUAUGGCUCCACUGUGCGUCUCCCACACUCUGGAGCCCUUCGACUUCCUCUUCGACACGGCGGUGGAAGCCUACUACAAGGGGGACUGGCUGACGGUGAUCCUGAACAUGGAGAAGGCGCUCCGGAACAAAGCUACGGUCCGCAGCGUGAAGGCUCAGUGCCGGCUGAGCUGCGCCAACCAGACCGCUUUCGGCGACCGCCUGUCCGGCUUGGGGGCUCCCAUGCCGGGCGCCGGCUCGGUGGAGGACCUGGGCUUCUUCCAGAGAAUCCUCAAACGGGCGGACUGCGUGAACUCCUGCGAGAACGAAAAGCUGGGUACCCCGACUAUGCAUCAAGUCACCGCAGAUGUGGAGCUGGAGUUCAAGAAGAGGACCCCGUAUAAUUAUCUGCAAGUCGCAUAUUUUAAGAUCAAUAUGCUCAACAAGGCAGUGUCAGCUGCCCACACGUUCUUCUUGGCCAACCCAGAUCACAUGGAGAUGAGACAGAACCUGGACUACUACAGGAUGAUGGCAGGAGUACAGCCAGAGGACUUCAAAGACCUGGAGGCCAAGCCGCACAUGGCCGAGUUCCUGCUGGGGAAGAGCUACUACAGCGAUGACUCAUUCGGCCUGGCGGCGGAUCACUUCGAGGUGGCCAUCGACGAGUACUUCACUGCCGACAAGGAGUGCAGAGCGCUGUGUGAGGGAGCCUACAACUACGACGGGUACAACUACAUGGAGUACAGCGCCGACCUCUUCCAGACCAUGACAGACCACUACAUGCAGGUGCUGAACUGUAAGCAGAACUGCGCGGUGGAGUUGGCCUCAACUGCCGGCAAAGACAAGCCCUUUGAGGACUUCCUCCCCUCGCAAUUCAACUACCUGCAGUUCUCCUACUACAACAGUGAGAAGUACGAGCGGGCCAUAGAGUGCGCCAAGACAUUCCUGUUGUUCCACCCUGCCGACGAGGUGAUGAACCAGAACCUGGCUUAUUAUUCUGCUGUGCUGGGAGAGGACAAGGCACGAGAUAUAACGGCCAGACAGGUGGUGAAACUGCACAUUCAGCAGUCCAUUCUGGAAAAAGAGCUGCUCUACUUUGGUUACGAGGCCUUCGGAAUCACCUUUGUAGAUCCAGACACAUGGACACCUGAAGAUGUCAUGCCUAAGAAGCUGAGAGACAAGCAGAAGGCCGACAGAGAGACCGCGGCGAGGAUCACGGAGGAGAUAGGAAACCUGAUGAAGGAGAUCGAGACUCUGGUCGAGGAGAAGAAGAAGGAUUCUUCAGAUAUGGCCAUGAUAAUAGCGCCACAGGAAGGUGGCGCUCCGCUGCACGAUGGCAUCAAGGUGACCAUGACGGCCAACCAGCUUAACGGCUCUCAGCGGGUGCUGCUGGAUGGGGUGAUCAGCGAGGACGAGUGCAGGGAGCUGCACCGCCUCUCCAAUUCAGCUGCUCUUAAAGGUGACGGCCGCUCCUCCCCCCACUCCCCCAGCGAGAUGUUCCAGGGAGUCACUAUCCUGAAGGCCGUGAAGCUCGGACAGGAGGGUACGGUACCGCUGAAGAGCGCUCGUCUGUUCUUUGACCUCAGCGAAAAGGUGAAGAAGGUGCUGGAGUCGUACUUCAGUGUGGACGCUCCGCUCUACUUCUCCUACUCACACCUGGUCUGUCGCUCCGCCAUCGAUGCGAAGCAGGAGGACCGUGAGGACCUGAGUCACCCUGUUCAUGUGGACAACUGUCUGCUGGUCUCUGAGCUUAACGAGUGUAUAAAGGAGCCUCCUGCAUACACACACAGAGACUACAGUGCCAUCCUCUAUCUAAACGAUGACUUUGAGGGAGGAGAAUUCAUUUUCACUGAGUUGGAUGCUAAAACAGUCACGGCCGAGGUGCGUCCACAGUGCGGUCGCAUGGUCGGGUUCGGAGCUGGGCGGGAAAACCCCCACGGCGUCAGAGCCGUCACUAAGGGUCAGAGGUGUGCUGUGGCGCUGUGGUUCACCCUGGACCCUGCUCAUGAGGAAAAGGAGAGAAUCCAAGCUCAGGAUAUGCUGAAGAUGUUUUCUACCCCUGUAAACGCGGAGUUCAUCAAAAAGGAGGCAAGUGGCGGCUCCGAGCCCCAAACGACAAUGCCCGAACCUCCUGCGCAGGCCGACCAGGGAAAAGCAGACAGCAAGCAGGACGACAAACCAGUUGAACAGAAGCCAGACGCACCAGCAGAUGCGCAGGCUGACGGACCAGCCGACCCGCCAAAGGACAAGGUCGAGGUAAAGCCAGUCAGCAAAACGAAAGCAGGUGCCAAAGCCAAAGCCGCUCCGAAAGCCAAGGACAAAGAAGCAAAGGCCAAGACGGCGGACAAAGUCAAACCUGCUGCUAAACAAGAUGGGAAACAGACAGUUAAAACGCAAGCCAAGCAGACAGCCACAAAGGACGCGAAACCGGCUGCAAAAAAGGCCGUAAAAGUCGCCGCCAAGAAGGACUCAAAAAAAGCUAAAGCUGACACAACGUCAGCUUCAGACUCUCAGAACGGCAAAGAGGAGCUGUGAUCAACAAGAACCUGUGACUGUGUCUAUGUGAUGUCUAUUUUCUACUAUUUUCUACUUCUCUUUGGGUGGUCGAAUGGAAACAGAGUGAAAGGUUGAGUUAGUUAAACGCUGUUCCACCGCAGAUGUCGCUGAAAUCAUCACACGAGUACUUGACAAUCAAAAUAUCGGACAAUCUGCUAGAGCGGCUGAAUCACUGGAACCAUCUUUGUUUCGGCGUCCAAAGCUUUUGCGUCUGUAUAGAUGGUACCUUCUUUCAUCUCCUGUUUUCUUUUUAUAUGUGAUGACAUGUUCUUGGACCAAGCAAAGGUUAACAACGGUGGGGGGGUGGGAAGUGGUCAAUA